AUGGUCGAACACAAACCGGUCCAGCUCAAUGGACGACGUGGUAAAAUCCUCAAACUCGUGGCCGUACAUCCAGGUAUCAAUUCUGUCUGGAUCGGACGCUCCGUCCGCAAACAUGGGGAGGAUAUCUGGAGACCCGAACGAGUAAGUGUGGGCAGAUUGGUUGAAAACCGAGUCGAAAUCGACCGGGUUCUCUUUCCAGCCCUUGGUGACGGCACUGACAUCCUCGCUGCUUCGGUCCAGAAUAUGGCCAAGAGACCCAACGACGACGAGUUGUUGCAAUUGUACGGACUGUACAAGCAAGCCACUGUGGGCGACAACACCACCGACAAGCCGGGUGUGUUUGAUUUCAAGGGCAAGUACAAGUGGGAGGCUUGGAAGAAUCUUGAGGGCACCUCGCAGGAGGACGCCGAGAAGAAGUACAUUUCGUUGGUGGACGAAUUGCUUGCUAAAUACAACUAA